UGCAACAAAACAACAAUACAACCACAACAUACAAAUAUACACUCUGCCUAAUUUCUCACUCAUUCUUUAUGACUCCUGCUUGAGAGGGAAUCUAAGAAAAAGAUAAAAUCAAAGGGAGGCCAAGUUGAUGCCUGCCAUAUUUUUCAUGGUUUUUAAAGAUUGAAUUUUUUUUGUUCCAUUUCGUCCAAAGGGAAGAAUAUAGGAAGAAAAAAAGUGGGUGUUGAGAAAAAGGGACAUUUUUUAGUAAAGUUUCAAAUUUGUGAAGGGCAUUAUGAUUUUAAAGAUUGCAUUUUUAUUUGGUGUGUUGGUUUUGCUGAGCUCUUGUGGCAAAGCUUCUGUUUCGUAUGAUCAUAAGGCCAUUUCCAUUAAUGGGCAGAGAAAGAUUCUCAUCUCUGGCUCCAUUCACUAUCCAAGAAGCACACCUGAGAUGUGGCCGGAUCUUAUUCGGAAGGCUAAAGAAGGUGGCUUGGAUGUAAUUGAGACUUAUGUUUUCUGGAAUGGGCAUGAGCCUGAGCCAGGAAAGUAUUAUUUUGGAGGAAGAUAUGAUUUAGUGAAGUUUGUUAAGCUGGUGCAACAAGCAGGCCUUUAUGUUAAUCUCAGAAUUGGACCCUAUGCCUGUGCUGAAUGGAACUUUGGUGGCUUUCCAGUUUGGCUUAAGUAUGUCAAAGGCAUUAGUUUCAGAACUGACAAUGGGCCUUUUAAGGCUGCAAUGCAAAAGUUCACUACCAAGAUUGUUAAUAUGAUGAAGGCUGAGAGGUUGUAUCAAACUCAAGGUGGUCCAAUUAUACUGUCGCAGAUUGAAAAUGAGUACGGACCAAUGGAGUAUGAGCUCGGUGCACCUGGCCGUGCUUAUGCGCAGUGGGCAGCCAAAAUGGCAGUGGGUCUUGGCACUGGUGUUCCAUGGAUCAUGUGCAAGCAAGACGAUGCCCCCGACCCUGUUAUCAAUACGUGUAACGGUUUCUACUGUGACUAUUUCUCUCCAAAUAAGGCCUAUAAGCCCAAGAUAUGGACUGAAGCAUGGACUGGAUGGUUUACUGAAUUUGGCGGUGCAGUUCCAUACCGACCAGCUGAAGAUUUGGCGUUCUCGGUUGCAAGAUUUAUUCAGAAGGGGGGCUCCCUCAUUAACUAUUACAUGUAUCAUGGAGGAACGAACUUUGGCAGGACAGCCGGUGGUCCAUUUAUUGCCACCAGUUAUGACUACGAUGCACCACUUGAUGAGUACGGGUUACUGAGGCAGCCGAAAUGGGGUCAUCUAAGAGAUCUGCACAGGGCAAUUAAACUCUGUGAGCCAGCUCUGAUUUCCGGGGAUCCGACUGUCAUGUCACUCGGACACAACCAAGAGGCUCAUGUUUUCAGGUCGAAAAAUGGAGCUUGUGCAGCUUUUCUUGCAAACUACGACCAACAUUCAUAUGCAACUGUCUCCCUCUGGAAUAGGCAUUACAACUUACCUCCUUGGUCCAUCAGCAUCCUUCCCGACUGCAAGAACACUGUUUACAACACGGCGAGGAUUGGUGCUCAAAGUGCACAAAUGAAGAUGACCCCUAUCAAUAGAGGAUUUAACUGGCAAUCAUAUAUUGAAGAUACGGCAUCAUCGUAUGAUGAGCGUUCGUUUACACUGGUUGGAUUAAGGGAGCAGAUCAAUACAACCUGGGAUAAAUCUGAUUAUCUGUGGUAUACUACAGAUGUGAGGGUCGAUUCUCAUGAAGGGUUUCUGAAAGGCGGCAAGUGGCCUGUUCUUACUGUCAAUUCUGCUGGCCAUGCCUUGCAUGUAUUCAUCAAUGGUCAAUUAUCAGGAACUACCUAUGGAAGUCAAGAUAGGCCUAAGUUAACUUUCAGUAAAGGUGUGAAUCUAAGAGCAGGUGUUAACAAAAUCUCUCUCCUGAGCAUUGCGGUUGGGCUCCCGAACGUGGGGCCUCAUUUCGAGACGUGGAAUGCUGGCGUCCUAGGCCCUGUUUCACUCAGUGGCCUUAACGGAGGGAGAAGAGACUUGACAUGGCAGAAAUGGACUUACAAGGUUGGUCUGAAGGGGGAAUCUCUAAGUCUUAAUUCUCUCAGUGGAAUCUCGAACGUUGAGUGGGUUGAAGGAUCCUAUGUUGCACAAAGGCAGCCAUUAACAUGGUACAAGACGACUUUCAAUGCUCCGGGAGGAAACGAGCCCUUGGCUUUAGAUUUGAACACGAUGAGUAAAGGUCAGAUAUGGAUCAAUGGUGAGAGCAUCGGGCGCUACUGGAAUCAGUACAAAGCAUCCGGCAGCUGUGGUGAAUGCAACUAUGCCGGUUGGUUCAAUGAAAAGAAAUGCCUAAGAAACUGCGGCGAAGCUUCUCAAAGAUGGUACCAUGUUCCUCGCUCGUGGCUCCGUCCAACUGGCAAUCUUCUCGUUGUCUUUGAGGAAUGGGGAGGUAAUCCAAGCGGCAUCACUCUAACGAAACGAGAAGUAGCAAGCGUAUGCUCGGACAUAUACGAGUGGCAGCCAACCCUAGUGAACUAUCAGCUACAAGCAUCAGGAAAAGUGGACAAACCGUUGAGGCCCAAAGCUCACCUCUCUUGUGAUGCAGGGCAGAAGAUCUCAUCCAUCAAAUUUGCUAGCUUCGGAACGCCUCAGGGCUCUUGUGGCAACUUUCGACAAGGAAGCUGCCACGCGUUCCAUUCCUACGACGUUUUUGAGAAGUACUGCAUCGGCCAAACUUCUUGCACGGUGCCCGUGACACCCCAGAUCUUUGGAGGUGACCCAUGUCCAAGUGUGAUGAAAAAGCUCUCCGUGGAGGUCGUCUGCAGUUGAGUGAUUAUGAGACGCGCUAGCUGCCGUGGUGCAGGUGUUCGUCGUGCUUUAGAUGUGAUUGUUUUUUCUUGGGGGCUUUGGUGAGUGAAGUUGUGCAUACAUACAACACACUGUCAAGUCCAGAGCCUCUGAAGAUUUUCUAGGUAAUCAUUUGUAUGUAUAUAGCUAUACUUUGAUUUUUCUGCAAAUGUAAUCACGGAGAUGGGAUGGAGUGUGCGUCGAGACGACAAAGUGAGUCCGCGCACACGUUCAUCUCUUCGUGCUUCGACCAAGAUGCAAGCUACCUUUGCUUUGCAAGAUUUGGAGAUUUGUAUGUUUGAAUGUGAAUGGAGCAAUUAUUCAUUGCUUCACUUCUCUAUAAAAUAUUUUAUGGAAGAUACAACUUCUAGUUGAUAAAA